UGCAUCCGUGUGGAAAACCGUGUGGAGCCGGACGGGGAUUUAACGCGUGUAUUAUUUAUUAUCUUUUAUCUGUCAAUAUUUUUUGAUGUGUAGAGAUCUAUUUUUAACAGUCAGUGGUAGAGAUAUUUCCCAUUACCGACACCAUCACAUGGUUAUUAGCCGCAGCGAGAAACAUUAAAAGCAGCUAAAGCUAUGUGGCCAUAGAUAUAAAACUAUUUAACACUUCUAUCUAUGUAUGUGGUGAGCUUGACUAGCGAUAACGCUAGGUAACGUGCUAGAUCAGCAUUUUUUAAGACCAUGUUGGGACUUUUAACGCCCCAAAGUCGUAAUGUUAAAGUAUUCAUCAAAGCGUUUAGACAGACAAGGCGAGCUAGAUAUUCAUCAAUUAGCUCUGUCCGCAACAUCCGCAGCUUUAUUUCAGAGAACACCGAGAUAGUUGGAGAGCAGAGCCUGACCCCAGAAGUCAAACUGAGACUGUUCACCCCAAACUGCAGAUUUUGGCGAGAAAGACCAGAGCUCUGGCCUUUUGAUGACCCGUACUGGGCUAUAUACUGGCCAGGAGGACAGGCACUCUCAAGGUAUCUCCUUGAUAACCCUACAGUGUGUCGGGGUAAGACCGUUCUGGAUCUGGGGAGCGGCUGUGGAGGCUCGACCAUCGCUGCAAAACUAUGUGGUGCUGCUCAUGUAGUUGCCAAUGACAUUGACACUGUUGCAGCGGUUGCAACCCAGAUGAACUGUGAGUUGAACGGUUUGGAGCCAGCUGUUUGUUUGUCUAACAAUAUGAUUGGUUCACAACCCGAGGGCUUUGACCUGAUCCUCCUUGGAGACAUGUUCUACGAAGAUGCCCUCGCCACCAGCCUACACAGCUGGCUGGACCGCUGCAUCAGAACCCAAGGCACCAAAGUCCUGAUCGGAGAUCCUGGAAGAGUUCAGUUUGAGGAACACGGCAUCCGACGACUCCUGCGUCAGCUGGCUCAGUUUGAGCUGCCGGAGUCUGUCAGAGAGGAGAACUACGGUCUGACCUGCAGCAGUGUUUGGUGCUACUGUCCUGAACUCUGAGGACCUGUUGCUUUCUUGUUUGAAUGUGAUAAAUAUGAACCUUCUGUGAGAGGUGUUAUGUGUUUGCUUUGUACUUAUCUUCUUCACUCAGGGUCACUCAGUUCAGUUGUCACUUGUUGCCUUACGAAAAUACUAUCUCCCAAUGUGUUUUUAAUACCUAGGAUGCACGUAAUCAAUACGACAAAGCAAAAUCUUUAUAUGUGGAUGUCUCAUUUCCUGUACUGUUAAAGCAUAGGAACUACUGACCAAUAUGGAGCCCCCCUAUGUUCAAUAAUUAAUGGAUGAAUAUGUAAUUAUGUAACAAGGAAAUCUCAUAAUUGAAUCUGUUUUUUUAUUUUUAAAUAUUGACUUUGGGCUCCACAGUGUGAUUGAUUUUUGUGGUUAAAUAAUUAACAGCUUUCUGCUUUUCAUUAUUUAACACAAAUCUUGGCCCUUGUUUCAUAAUAAACGUGUCAUGCAGCAUUCCUUAUUAUGCAACAUUUGAUCUCUGACUAAGAGCCCUGAUGCAUUAGAUAGAUAGAUAGAUAGAUAGAUAGAUAGAUAGAUAGAUAGAUAGAUAGAUAAGAUAGAUAGAUAGUUUAUUCGUCCCGAGGGAAAUUUUAGGCAUUCAGUAGCUUAGACGACCAUAACACAAACACAUAUAUCUCACAUACAUAAAAAUCACUCACAGAAAAUUAAAGAGUUAUGAAAAUCACACAGAAAUUUAAAGAGUUAAAGGUGUUAAGGUAGACUGUGUGCAAUGGUGGUAGUGCAAAAGAGAACAGUGUAGGGAUUGAUUAGUGCAAUUGCUUAUUAUUAAAUAUUAACUAUGACAAGACAAGAAUGUAAACCCAAAAGAAUUAGAAUUGCUUGGCAGAAAAGAAAUAAUAUACGUUAAGAACAAUAUAUAACAGGGAAUAAGUUAUAAGAUGUUUAUGUUAUGACCAGAGUCCAGAUUGUGUAGGAGGGCUAAUGUAGCCUAUAAGACAGUCAGGUGUACAGCGGACCCAGAUAUAAUGGUGGUAGGGGCUGAGAGAGACAGGCUCAUGCUGAAAAGUCCAUUUCUCCCCUCCCCCUUUGUGUGUUAUUGAACACACAAAGGGGGAUUUGUUGAAUGAGUUGAAUGACCCUGGGUACAAAGGACCUCCUUAACCUGUCUGUUGAACAUGCUCCUCUGUUUAAAGAACGUGCUGUGUAGUGGGUGGCGGUCAUUGUCCAUGAUCGCCAACAUCCUACUCAUGGUCCGUUUCUCUGCAGAACUUGUGAGUGACUCCAUUAGUAACCAUCUCCGUAGAGUCCUCUUCAAGAAACAGCAGUAAUAUAGUGACAAGUAGCUCAAUGGGGAAAUCAAAAUAUAUAGUGAGUAAACAUCUUAGAGAGAAACCAGUUAUUUUCUAAAAGUAAUUAUGCUCGUGAUCCCACUGUGCAGUGAUAUAACGUGUCAUUACUUUUUCAUGACUUUCCACAAGCAAAACUGUCAUUCCUGGUCUAUUGAUGUUGUUUUUCGUCUCAGAAGAAAACAAGUUUUCAGAAAGUCUGGUUUUAGUACAGCUGGGGAUAGUUUAAAUAAGCUAUAAUGGAAUGAACAUGGAAUUUAAAAUAUCCAUUCUAGGGGAGCCAGUGUAAACUGAAUAAAUCCAUCUGUCAGCUAGAAAAAAGUAUUAGUAUUCAAGUGUGCCACUUGGCAGAUACUUCCUGUUAGAGCUGCAUUGAAAGAUUUGAGAUUAUUCAGAUUUAAAGUUGAGGUUGGCAGGUUUAACAUUAAUUUCCCCUUCUGUAUCUAGUAUCAGAUAGAUUGUUAUCCUGAUCAAACAAACGCAUGACAAUUCCUGAUUACACAGUUUUGUUGUUUCACAUUAAACCUCAACAUGUAAAAUAUAACUUAAGUACG